AUGAUUACGCAGAAUGAUAGGGGAUAUCAAAAUCAGGUUCUUAACCAAGGAGACGGCAAAGGCCAAAAGGGCAAGGGCAAAAAGACAAGGGCAGAAGCAAAAAGUAGCCACCAUUCGACCAUGCCACAAAAUUGGUCUCAUUCAAAACUGAGUCUUUCACAGAAAGAACAGGACGGAGCGUACCACGGUCGUCGUCAGUGGCCACUACACCGUACGGUCAUCUCUGUUGUUGCCGUAGCGUCAAGUGCGAACAACGGCUGUGGUGAUUCAGCGAUUGUGGCUUUGCACAAUGGCGCCCUUGUACUUGCCAGCUUCGACUUCUGGCUAACUACUGGCACGUGGGCUGCUUUGGAACGAAGCUCAGCUCAGCUCGGUGCUUCGGUUCGAUCCGCCACGUCAGCAAGUGAACAGUUCGUGCACAGUGGUAGUAAGACGCAGUUCGCCGUUGCCCCGUGUCCCGUCGUCGCUGCCGCACAAGGUCCUGUUAUGGAGAAACCGACCAGACUGAAGCUCGUCUAUCACAGCAUCAUUGUUGCCGUACUGGUCAUCAUUCUGACCCUGGUCGUCUUGACGUACGUCCAUUGCGAGCGACAUCAAAGAAAUGUGCCCGACGGUGAGUAUUCUACUGUCCCAUCAGAAGCCACUGCUCAGCCUUUGGCCUGUCCCCCUGUGUCUGACGAAAUUACCUGUCAUGGUUAA